AUGCCAUUUCUCUGUUACAAACACUGGAAAGAUAUGCUCGAUUCCCAAUCCGAAAUCAUUUGUCAAUGCUGCGAAGGAGGUGUUUUGAAUCAACAGGCAACUGUAGCCACUUCUCAUUAUCUCAAGCCAUUACCAGAUCUCGUUAUCUGCUGCGAAGAUAAAUUGAGAAUGAAACAAACGGCGAUUACAAGAGUGGGAAGAAGACUCAAACAAAUAGCAGAUAACAUGGAAAUUACAAGUAAUGCGCUAAAAUUUUCCGCCGGAAGAAAUCACGAAAUGCUUCAUUUUAAAAUAUUUGGUAUGAAAUUCUCCAUCACGUGGACUGGUUACGUCUUCAUGACUACUUGA